AGAAUUCAAUAUCAGGGUCUGCACUUGAAACGAAUAGUUCAGUAAAAUUUGUCAUAAGAAAUAUUACGCUACGAUACAUUAUUAUAUAUUGUGUUCUGCAUGCAUAAACUUCCCUUUUUUUUUCUUGUCAUGUGUUCAUAAUUACAAAUUAAAAAAUGAUCAUGUGGCAAAUAUUCAUUUAACAGCAAAAGAAUAAUAUAAAUAACAGUUUAUUAUCUUUAAUUACACUGGUUGUGAUUAAUAUAAUAAAAAAAAUUUGAUAAUUACUUCACACGAAAUUCAAGAAAAGCAUUCACAUUUCUCAAUUUCAAAGAACUCAAACCAUUCAAUCAAGAUUUGAAUUAAUCUAUUUACUCAAAACACACAUGGGAGUUUCGCGAACCUGGUGCGUAAUCCUGGUGAUCGCCGCGUGCACCUGCGGUGCACGCACAGAAUGUGAUAAAACUGUGCAAAUUUCAUUUCUAACUAGUGUGCAUGAUGAUCCAUCGUGUACGAAAUUGUCGAGGAACGGCGUUACGCUUUAUGAGGCCGCCAAGCUUCUUGCAGAGAAUCAAAACAAUAAAAACGAUGACUUUAAAAUCGAAAUUACUGUUUUGGAUACAUGCGGAAGUAUAACGGGUGCUCUGAAAGCAGUGAUGAAAGCUUUAGUGUGGGCAGAUAUCAACUGUUUGCAUCCACCCCAUUAUCUAGGAAUUAUCGGACCAGAUACCAACGCUGAAGCAGUACACAAAAUAACUUCGAUAUUGAAAGUGCCGCACAUUGUCAAGAAACCAUCGAUUUCUCCGAAUUUGCACUCUUUGGCAGAGGAAUCAAAUUCUUAUUUAGUACAGGGAAUCUUGAAAAUGAUAGAGAUUUUAAAAUGGAAAUCCUUCACAUUAGUAGCUAACGUUGAUGAUGAAAACGAUGAUGACGUACAAAAUAUUGCAAAGACAUUAACGAUAAAUGCCAUAGAGAAGAAUUUGUGUGUUAUAAUUCACGAUAACGAUGAAAAAGAUUAUACAUCACAUAUCGUAUAUGUUGGAAAACCAGAAAAAAAGUUUUUCAAUGAACCUAAAAAUGCAACUAUACUAAUUAUCAGCGAAGGAAAUUUGAAAGAUUACUUGAAUCAUAUAAAUUCAUCUAAUAUCAUAUUGCUUUUAGAAGAUGCUAGGAAUGUAAUUAACGGUCUCGAGUUAAAAGUCAAGAAUUCGCAAUGGUGGACGUUUAACAACAGUUUUGAAAAGUUCAAUAUCAAGGAUUUGAAGGAAGUCAGAUGGCUAGAAAAUGCUAUAGAAAUUUACGUAAAAGCAUUAAAAUCCCUAUGCAAAAAUAAAAAGUGCAAAACACAAAUAAAUUCUUUAGACUGGAAUCACGUAUUAUCGGACAUGUUAAGAACGCAAAACGCAGAAUCGGAAGCGGCAUCAAAAUUUCUGAAUUUGUUUAUGAAGAAAAAGACAAGUAAUUUAGAGCACUUGGGUAGCAUAAUCGUUCGCCAAAAUAAAACAAAAAUUUAUUGGGGUGAAAAAAAAACAGACGAGACAGAAGAUGUUAUUGAAGAAAUUGAGAAAAAUCCCGAGGCGUCAAAAAGCAAUGUGCCGUACAUGUUUAGAGAAUUUUUGAAAAACGAAAAUAAUCUGCAAUCAAAAUGCGUCACAGAUGUUAAUGUAAUUAAGAUGCUCGAAAAGGAUAAUAAGACAACACAGAUUUUAGUUUCGGAAAUGGACGAUAACGAGUGGUGGAAUAUGGUAUUUACAGUAAGCGGUGUGGGAAUCGCGAUGUUCCUGAUGGGAAUUAUCGCCGUUUAUGUUAUUUACACGAACGUACAAAGACCGCAAUGUACCAAAAACAAAAGUCAUUUGGAUAGAGAUACCAGUGUAAGGAGAAUGAGUAACGACAGGGAAUUAACAACUACAACCACCCAGCGAGUGUUACAUACUCCACAAAGAAGAGGCAGCGACAGGAGCAUUAUAUCUGAGAGAAGCGUUUGACGCAAAUGCAUCGAAGAUGAUAGAUCGCAUGAAUAUUAAAUAAAGCAAGCCCUUUAGUAGAAGAUAAAAAUUUACUUUAAAAUAAUAAAGUAUAUGUAAAGAUACAUUGGUUAUCUGUUUCUUUGUGAACAUGUUUUUUAAAUGUCAUUAUAACAUACGAGUAUAUUAAUAAUCUAAUUUAUCAGAAUAAAGAAUAAUAUAUUGUAAUAAAGAAAA